GUGUGGCGAAAUGUCUCGCGCUGUUUCUGCAGAGGAGCUCUCAACAUACCCUGAAAUUAUAACAAUAAUAACAAUUAUUACAAUUAUGCCAAAAACGUAAAGCUUUAACACAAAGGAUUCGCGGUGCUACUGCCCAAGGAGUUAUUUUUCUUGAUGCGUUUUCAUGCAUUACCGGAUCUGAGGGAUUUAAAGGGAAUAGAUGCCUGUUGAAGCGCAGCUCUCCUGAACUCUUUAACCCAAGGAUCAUGACAGAAAGACUGAGAGUCUGGAUGUAGUGCUGAGGUGAGGGCAUUGAGUUCAGAAAGCAUCCAGCAGUAGCAUCAUCAUUAUCAGCAGCAGCGGCAGCAGCAGCACAGUGGCUCCCCCUUCAGGCCGAUCUGUAGAGGUGCUGCAUGGCCACGAGCCCGACACACUGCAGCACGCAUGAGCACAGCAGGAAGGUGAAGUCACAAUCAAGCAGCAAGACACAUGAUAUGGAGGUCAAAGCUCAAUUAAUCACCGGGCCUGAGCUGCAGGGCUCCACGGAUACUAAGCAGCGUGCCGAACGAAUGGUGGAGCUGCAGGAGAGACGGAGAAGCCUUCAGGCUUUACUCAGCACCCGUCUGGCUGAACUCAGACGUGUGUGUCUCCAGGAGGCGGAACUGACUGGAGAGCUUCCGAACGAGUUUCCUUUAGAAGCGGGAGAAAACCCGCCUCACGUGCGGAGAAGAGUCGGUUCGGCCCGCUCCGGCUCCAAGAACAAUUUAAAAAGCGAGGAUGAAGAUGCGUCUCAGCGCAAAUCGAAAAAGACUCUGUUCAGCGGCGCCCUCCGCAGGCACGUAGAAGCGGAGCAGCCGCUGGCGUACGGGAAGAGGACGACGGUUCACAGAGGAUGUCACACAGAGAACACAGUGAGGUCAGAGAGCAGCUCGAUGUCCGACUCCACCAGCCAGGAGAUGGAGGAAGUCUCUGAUGGUCCGUCCCCCUCUCAGCCCCGGCUGGUCCCAGGGAGCCCAGACAGCAGGUUCUGUCGGAAACUCUCCCCUGUGGAGAUCUACUACGAGAUGAAAGCCAGACGCAACUCUGUGUCCAGCUCAGCUAGCCCGAGUCGAUCUCUCCCGAGGAGCGUGUCCAAUCUGGAGGGAAGAAGCGUCCCGGCGACGCCCCAGUUGACCCGGAGCGGCCCGAUCGGAGUGCACGUCAGGUCUGAAUCCUCCAGCAGCACUUCAGUAUUAAAGCAGCGAUCAGAUAAUCCAGAACUAAUCCAAGCGGUGCCUGUUGCAUCUCAGGAUGUUUUAUCCCCAGGACACUUGGGAUGCUCGUACAGCGCCCAAACCCGACGCAGCAACAGCUCUGAUGCACUGCUGGACCGCUGUGUGGAAGAAGUUCAGUUAUCAGGUCCUAUGGUCCGAAAUGGGUCUCACAAGAGCUCCGAGGCGCUGCUGGACAGCCGUUUGAAACAGGUGAACGGACACACCGAGGUGACCCGCGUCCGCUCUAUAUCGGGCGGCCGAGGCACGAGCGGCUCAGGCGGAGGUUACAGUGAAGUCCUGCUGGACUACGUGUGGGGGAAGCAGCAGAAGAUGCAGCAGAUGGCACAGCAGCAGCAGCAGCAACAGCAGCAGCAGCAGCAGCAACAGAGACUGCAGGUUCACAAUGGUUUAAAAGCACGAGCUUGGCACGAAGCGCCCUCGAUCCCACCUCCGCCUUACGUCAACGGCUUCUCCUCAACUCAGGGCCUGAUUCUGGGCUCAGGACCGCCAGCCUACAGCCCACUGAUGCUACGGGGAAAACCGGGCGAGCCUCGGCGCGUCAAAGUGAGCCGAACCAAAUCCUGCGGCCCGUUUAUUCCCGUCCAGCAAGGCUACACCGAGAUCCCUGUAGCUAACGGACACAGCGGAAUGGGACAGAUGCAGCCUCGGCAAAGACCCCCUAACUACAGCGCAGACCUGUCUUCUGCCUCCACCCCCCAGGAUGAACCUACGCGCAACCUGCACAAGGCCCUGGCGCUUGAGGGUCUGAGGGACUGGUACCUGCGCAACGCACUGGGGCAGCCGGGGACGACCUGCACCGGGAAAGCCCAGGAGGGGGCGCCGUCUCAGCGCAGACGGACCACAGCCUCGCUGCACCCUUCACAUCCACAUCCACCGCUUAAACAACAGGCACAGUCUUUUCAGGGAGACACGGCGUACACCCACCUGCCCCAGUCCGCUACGUUCCACGGACAUCCGCUACGGUCUGCAGAUCUGUCUGCGUACCAAGACACCUUUUCAUCCAAAAUGGAGGACUUGACUUUGAAGGAGACGAAUAAUGACAGACCCUGUCCAGGCACACUCGUCUAACCGACCCAUACACACACACACACACACACACUAACAUAAGUGCGUAAACGCACAACAAGAAGAGGCUUGUUUCAUAGACAAUAUGGAGUCGUAACCAGAACCCAGUAGCUCUGAUGUAAACACACAAUCCUGUUCCUACAGAUCACAUCGCGGUGUUCAAAAGAACUGAGACGGACAUUGAGUCAUUCUUCCAUUUAUUCAGUGCUUUAACAUUGCUUUUCCUUUUAAGUACGAUCAUGGAGAAGACCUAACCCAGGCAACUUUAUCAAGGUAGCAUGUCAUUUUUAAAAACCUGUACGUUUGACGGCUUUGUGGUGUCUGUACGAGCGUCACAUCGCGGUAUGCUUUGCUGAAUAUCUCUAUUUGUCAUCUGGCCAAAUCAGUAUUAAAUUUCAGGUCUUUCUCGAUAGACUCAGAUUCCCUUACUUAAAAGGGUCAGGAAUUUUUCUUUUUAAUAAAUCUUCACACACAAACACACAAAAAAUCCUAUGCAAAUUAGAAUCAAGAUAUCUAGACGAAAAUAGAUGAAUAGUCUUUAAUAUAUGAUUGCUUCAUUUUUUUCAUACAGAACCAUUCAACCAAAUUGGAUUUCGUAGUAUUACACAAAAUUUUUCAAUCCUGAACUUUUCUAAAGACAAAAAGCGAGGGACGGAGGUGAGCGUGUGGGUUUUUUUGUGUGUUAAGACACACGAGGAGUCGGGAAUUUCGUGCGCCGGAUGCCGUGUAUUAAAAACAAUACACACAAUGCUGGUGUAUGCAAAAUCUCUGAUGAGAACAGUGUGUGUGUGUGUGUGAGAGAGAGAGAGUAGAUUUGACUGUUGCUCAUUUGUGUCUCCUUGUUCAGUAUUCACACAUGCAAAUGGCCCUUUACCGAGGUCACUUACUCAUCUCCGCUUCAGCUUCUUCUUUCUAAUUAGAUUCACUGCUAAAAAGAGCUUGAAUGAAUGGACGAGUCCCAGUUUCUCUCCGCUGUAACGUUAUUUAUUGAAUGCUAUAUAUACACACCUGUAUACGAGACUUCCUGGGGCGGCUGGGAAAAUAAACCGGGCUAGCAGGGCUACCAUGUCAUUUUUUUUCUUUCUUUCUUUUUUUUUGACAUCAACAUCAGAUAAAUUGCUGUUAAUACUGUAAAGUGGCGAAGCGCAACAGCACCCCCGGUGGUCAUGAAAACAAUUACACAAUAGUAUGUACCGGCAAUGCUGGGGCUGAUUUCUUUGUAGCCCACACUGUAGAUGCACGCAGACUAUUAAUACAUACAUUAGAAGUGAUAUUGAAUCGGAUUACGUACUUAUUAACGCUAUCAUCCUUUCUUUCGUACAUCAUCCAGAAUGAAAGGGGUUCAAUUUAUCUGUCGCUAGCAUGAGGAAUUAGAGCAUGAAAGCCGAAGAGCUUUACGUUCAUUACCAUCUGCUACGUUCACACAUACGACAAGAAGUCAUCAGUAGCUGGUCAUUCUCUAGUACUGGUUGCCAUAGCGAUAUAUCCAUAGUAUUCUGGUGGUCUAGCGGCAGGAUUCCGCGCUCUCUCAUUGCACCCGGAUUGAAUCCCGGGUAGGGAUUUAACCUAGCCACUGAAGAGAUAACUCUCAGUGCCGGUCCCAAGCCUGGAUAGAAGGGGGAGGGGGCUACGUCAGGAAGGGCAUCUGGUGUAAAAAACCUGUGCCAAAUCGAAACAUGCAGACCAUAAGAUCCGCUGUGGCGACCCCAAACACGGAACAGCCAAAAGAACAACAACAACAUACAUACAUACAUAGUAUCCAGGGUUCCUGGUGGUCCAAAGGCAGGAUCCCAUGUGCUUGCUGCCAUGGCCUAGGUUUGAUUCCUGGGCAGGGAACCAACUCAGCCACUGAGGGGUUAAUUAAUUAAUCCCAAGUAGGGAUAAAAUGGGAGGGUUGCACCAGGAAGGGCAUCCGGUGUAAAAUAUAUGCCAAAUCUGCUGUGGUGACCUUGAACAGGGUGGACAACAUUUAUACGAUCCACAGUAAUGAAACAUUCUGGAGGGAAAUUUACAUUUUUGGCAUACACCCUUAUCCAGGGGGACUUACAGUUUAUCUCAUUUGGUAAGACUGAGCAAUUAAUGGCCUUGCUCAGGGGUCCAUUAAUGGCAGCUUGGUGGACAUGGGAUUCAGACUCACAACCUUCUGAUCAGUAGGCCAACACCUUAACCACUAAGCCCCACAGAAGUAGUGUGUGUGUGUGUGUGUGAGCUUUGCUACAGCUUGUGUAGGCACUACUCUCUCAAUCCCGUCGCUAUUUGCUGUACUGAGUAGCUCCUCACAUUGGACACGCCCACAUCCCAUCUCCAACGUUUCGGUCCCUCAUAUCUCAGUUCGCUUUGCCGCUAUAUGUGUGAACGUAGCAAUCGUAUGUAUGUGUGUAAUACUUUACCCAGCUCGUUCUUUCUUCUGCUGAUGAAAGCUACUGCUCAAACCUUUUCAUUAUCAAUUUAUUGGCCACUGGAGACUUACAGCGUGGUUUAAUCAAAGCCAGGAUGCCAACCAUCGUGCCUAGCAGCAAUAAGAAGUAAAAAAAAACAAAAAAAAACAAAACACACAUUCUAUGUAUACAGCUUUAGGCUUAUGUAUGUAAAAACCCACAUACAGUGUAGUUCAAUUGUCUCAGUCAGAUUGUAUUUCAGGCUAAGACUGGAAAAAAUGUUAAAUAAAUUAGGAUUGCAGGCUAAUCCAAAAUCAACGUAUCACGCUCUGGGUUUUUGAUGGUGUUAUUACUAUUUUAUAAACGAACUCAACUAUUCAAGCGCAUGCGGGUACUCCAUCAUCAGCUCUACUAACCUCCUGUUCAUGCCCUGGUCCUGUUGAUUUUAUCUCUCCGAACUGAGCCAGUAGUGGUCCUCUUAUCUCAGCCUAAAUAAUACUCCGUGGAAGUAGUUACUCUGUUUUAUUGCUGGUUUAACUCACCCUCAUUAACUAACCAGCCAUCAGAGUUAUUUUAUUUCUACACCUGUUGCGAAAAUUAUUCAUUUUUUUCUGAUUCGGAUUUAUAUAUAUUCACUUCACAGUACACCAUGCUAGUUUGCUAGAUAGUACCAUCCGGCAACCUAAUAUGACUGUUGAGAAAUACGCUCCCUGAAUGCGAGCUCGAGUCGACGAGGGUGUGUUGAAAAUAGUAAUGGAACGCUCAUAUCUGCGUCGAAGACAUUGCUUACGAAUGCUACUACUAAAGCAAUCAGGAGCCUCCCUCAGUUUAUCUGGGAAACUCAAACCUUGUCACCAAAUGCUGCCAUGUCUGUCUCAGGACCAAAAUCAAAAGCUGCUCCCAUUUCCUGUUUUUAAAAUCAACAGCACGGCUGAACGGGUAGCGCCGCUAACGAAGCCUCUGAAGCGACACGGUGGAUAUUUUUUCCAAUAAGCCAUGAAUUCAUAUACUGAAGCUUUUGAGUGUGUGUGAAGUAUUCCGCUGAGGCCAUGAGGGACCAAAGUCGGGGUCACAAAACGUAUAAGUCAACGAGUCAAUAUGUCGUGGGAACGUCGUGUUUAGUUAUCAGUGUAUCUCAUGGACUUGGUAUUCACUUGUGGUCUCAAUUUAUUUUUUGCUGUCUUGACAUAUUGGCAUCACUGGCCUCAUGGCUAUAACUUGUGCCCUCAAGAUGCUUCUGUGAUCUCAAGAUAUCAUCUUGUGGCCUUAGUUUAUUAUCACUUGAACCUCUUAUUGCUUUGUGUUACAUUGGAACCUCGGCAUACGAAUUUAAUUCGAGUUCUUAAGGCGAGUAUUUGUAUUUUGAAACGAAUUUUCCUAUAAGAAAUAACAUAAUGCAGAUAAUCCAUUCCCAAAAAUAUGACCAAUAUUCCCAAUACGAAGCGUAUGUAAACUGUACGGCUGCUUACAAAGAACUGACCCAAGCCAAGCAUUCCAUGUCAAGGCUCCUCACAGGAAGUCGUGCCACCAAGCUUGGGCUAAAAAUAGAACAGAGCACCCACACCACCAAUCUGUCAACAAAAAAACAACCGAAAAAUCACCUAGCUUUUGAACGCAUGCCGAAGGCGAUGUUGGUAUCGUGGGUUGACUCUCAAAACAGCUUUCUCUGACUGAAAAAGAAUUGUAAGCUCACUUUGGUUGGCUUCGCUUGGCUUUCCACUGACGCUAACAAGUAUAAGUAUAAGUAUUUCGUAUACCGAAAAUGCUUCCUAUGCCGAUGCAAAAUUCGUAAAGGAGGGUAUUCGUAUGCUGAGGUUCCACUGUAUACCUUUGGUCUUCGAAAUUUCAAAUUGUGGCCUUGAUAUAUAUUUUUUGGCCCUAAUGUGAUCUUAAUACAUUGUUCCUCAACAUAUUAUCUUGUGUUCUCAAUAUAAUACACUAGUGGCCUCAGUGCAUUCAUUCUUGACUUGAAUAUAUGGUAUCUAUCCUCCUUUCCAGGAUAUAUUGUGGCCUAUAUACUAUCUCACGACCGCGAUAUGUUAUCUUGUUGCCUCGAUAUAUUAUUUUGUGGCCUCAACAUGUCUCAUGGUCUCAGAGUAUUAUCUCAAUUUAAUAAUAAAAAUAAUCAUAAUAAUUUGUGCUCACUACAUACUAUUUCUCGGCCUGAAGAAAAUUAUAAAUCUUUAUUCCCUCAAUAUAUUUUGCAUUUUUGCCUCGAUAUAUUAUCUCGUGGCCUUCGAUAUAAUGUCACAUGACCUCGGUAUACUCUCUUGUCACGUUCAUUCAAAGCCACACCUUAAUAAAAAAAAUAAUAACCACCAUGUCAUCUCAGAGGCUCUGUAUACUACAGAUACAAGACAAAACCUAUAUAUAUAUAUAUAUACAUGGCAAAACAAGUGACCUCUGUGAAGGUCACUGAAUGUUUACUUUGCUGACUCCGGUUUACUAAACAGUUUUGUAAGGUCUAUUUUCACUCCUACAUGCAUUGGCUUUGUGAUAAAAAUCUAAAAAAAAUAAAAUAAAAAUAAAAAACAACUUUAUCUUUCACGCAGGAGUAUUUUAUUUUCAAUGGAUCCUGACAAUUCUUCAGAAAUAAAUAAAUAAAUAAAUCAGUGUUGUUUGAUUUAAUUUUAUUGGUCUAAAGCAUCCCAAUUAUGUUUUUUUUUUUUUUUUUGUAUAUUUCCGGUUGUUUUAAUUAAACAAAAAAAAAACAAAUCAGUACUAAGCAAUGUAAAUUGUCUACAUAAAAACAAAUGUAAAUAUAUUGUUGUAUAGUAGAGUACCAUGGGACUAAAGGCUGUCGUUAAGGAAAGCCGAUAAUAAUUAAAACACCGGUGUAACAAAACUCAGGACACCGAGCAAAGUUCUGUUCCUGGAGAGAUAUCAGAUUUCUAACGUGUUCGGUUCAUUUGACCUCUAGUGACCUUUAGUUCCAUGGUGUUCUACUACAAGUUUGCAAUAUUC